AUGGACGCACCAAUCAGAAGUAUUUCCGACCCACAAGUCCGCUCAGUGAUAGAGAGGGGCCCUCCGUCUUAUGAAUUCCAUCCAUCUCCCACGGCGUGGGAAGAUCAAGUCCUUUAUUUCCUCCUGCCAGAUCGCUUCUCCGACGACUCGGAGAAAGACUACAAGGAUGUCCAGGGUAAUCUUCACCCUAGCGGAACUACAGCCCUAUACGGACCCGGUGAUAGUGCAAACGCCAUCAACACAGACGCCGAUGCCGCCCGCUGGAGGGAUGCUGGAGCAACAUUUGUCGGUGGAACCUUGAAAGGCUUGGAAAGUAAGCUGGGGUAUCUCAAACGCCUCGGAGUCACGGCUCUCUGGAUUGGUCCAAUAUUCAAGAAUGUAGCAAAAGUGCAGACCUAUCAUGGCUAUGGCGUUCAAAACUUCCUGGAUGUUGAUCCACGGUUCGGCACGCGAGCAGACUUGAAAUCACUGGUUGCUGCAGCUCACGAACAGGGCAUUUAUGUCUUGCUCGACAUCAUCCUCAAUCAUUGUGGUGACGUCUUUGAGUAUAGUGCUAACAAACCGCACUUCACUGGAGAUACCUUCGACGUGAAGGGCUUUUAUGACGAGGAAAGAGUCUCAAGAAUCCCACUGGGCAGAGUCGACGAGGAAAAUUAUCCCACUGCGUUCCCGGAUGCCGCAAUAUGGCCCUCAGAGCUGCAAAAUCCUGACUGCUUCACUCGGAAAGGUCGGAUCAAUGACGACGGGUGGGAUCGCUUUCCUGAGUACCUUGAUGGCGACUUCGAUGACUUCAAGGACAUCGCUCUGGGAGACCCAAGCCCAGACAACUUCACAGCAACUCCCGCCCUGCAAGCCCUGUGCCGCUGCUACCAGUACUGGAUUGCUUACAGUGAUAUCGACGGCUACCGGAUUGACACAGUGAAGCACAUGGGUGACGGUCCGACAAGGUAUCUCGCAAGUGUCAUCCACGAGUAUGCACAGAGCCUGGGCAAGGAGAAAUUCCUUCUGAUUGGUGAGAUAACGGGCUCGAGAGCAUUUGAGACUGUGGAAGCUACUGGGUUAGACGCCGCAUUGGGCAUUGGAAAUGUACAAGAAAAGCUUUGGAGAGUCCCCAAGGGUGAGACAACCCCUAGCGAAUAUUUCGAUUUAUUCCGCAAUGCUCUCUAUCUCAGCAAGGGAAGCCACAGCUGGUUUCGCGACAAAGUUGUGACCAUGAUUGAUGACCACGAUCAAGUCUGGCGGAAUGGUUAUAAGGGUCGCUUCUGCUCUGAAGGCAACGGUGGCCCGCUCCUCAGCGCGGCCCUCGCCCUCAACCUCUUCACCCUGGGCAUCCCCUGUGUUUAUUAUGGUACGGAGCAAGGCUUCGACGGCCAGGGCGGAAGCGACCAAUACAUUCGUGAAGCCAUGUUUGGUGGAGAAUUUGGUGCCUUUCGUAGCAGACAUCGACAUUUCUUCGAUGAAGAUGCUUCGGCCUGGAAGACCCUCGCUGGACUGGCAAAGGUGCGGAGAGAUGAGAUGGCCUUGCGCAGAGGGAGACAAUAUCUGCGCGAGAUAUCCGGCGAUGGAACUCAUUUUGGUUUGCCGGGAUUCAUCAGUCCUCCUCCAAUGCGCUCGAUCAUUGCAUGGUCAAGACUUUUUGCUAGUGAGGAGGUGGUGUGCGCCAUCUCGACAGAUCCAACCAGCACGUUGUCCGCCUGGGUGACGGUGGACAGUGAGAUACAUCCUCCCGGGAGUACUCUUACUUUACUAUAUCCCUCGCCGUCGCAGACGGUACCCGGAGAGGUUGAGGUCCAGGGCAGAAAUGGAAGGUCAGUAGCACAAGUCACGGUCCAACCGGGCGGGGUGACCGUCUACAAGUAG